AUGUAUCUCAAGCUUAUCAGGCAUGGUCAACAUCUUGUGCUUAUUCUUUAUCUCGCGAAAAAAGCCACACACAAUAAGGUUGAGAGAAAGGUUAGCCUGAAGAGACUGUUCAGUACUCUUAGCAAUGCCUGCACAGAAACCAUAAAGGACGAGGGAAUCCAGCAGCUGAUCGGCAUGCAUGCUGUAAAUGUGCUGCGAGGUAACUCCUGCAUGUACACCGAUGAAGACGACCAAAUUGUUCAUAAUCUUGUGCUGCUCGCGGAUCUCGUUAAUAUGCUCUUGGGAGUAGAAGCCAUUGUCGAGGUGGAUUCAUUUUGCAAGAGGAGCAAGUGGUCUGAAGCCAACAUUCUGGUUGCAUUCGAGAACAGAACAUGGAACAGCAUCAUUGUUCUUGAUCUCACAAUCACAAAGCAGAAAGAUCAUGAAUUGAGAAGUCAUGCAUUUGUCGCCAGUGACGCCCAUGAGUAG